AUGUAUAAUUUCGCUUCUUUUCAAACAUCUGUUCAAGAUAAAUUACGAAAUGAUGACAAGCAAGAUAAUCAACAUCAAAAAUCAAAUGUUCUUGAAAAAAAAUCAGUUUGUUCAUCUUCCUCCAUAGAAAGUUGGAAAUUAUUUGACCAUGCCAUGUUAUUAACUUCUCAAGCAACUAUCUUAACUGCAAAUUUUCUCACUCAUCAUCUAUCCGGUCCCCGUAAACCUUCUUGGCCGAUACAACUUACGUUAAUUUGCGCCGCCAUGAGAGCCCUAACCGAGCAUACCCACUUGGCUGACGUGGAUAAACUAAGAAUGUUUACUAGCAUUCCUUUUACUUUUACCCCUUCGGAUAUUGUUGUUACACCCGUAUCAUUUAGAGUUUUGAAUAGAGGGCUACCUGGUAUAUUAAAGGAUUUAGAAGACUGUGAAACAGGAAAUCGAGAGAUUAGUGCUGAAUGGAUUGUACCCAAAAGAUUAUGGAGAAAGAUUAACGAUGAUUAUCAUUUAUCAGCUGCUCAUUAUAAGCAUAUAUAUAUUGAUCAAGAUGGUAUUAAAUGGUCAAACGAAAAAGUAAUUUUGUAUCUACACGGUGGUGCUUAUUAUCUUAUGUCAGCUAAAACGCAUAGAGAUUUAAACUAUCGUCUAUCGAAAGUAACUGGAAGGAGAGUUUUUGCAAUAAAUUAUCGAUUAGCACCAGAAAAUCCUUUCCCUUGUGGUCUUCAUGAUGCCGUUCAUUCUUUUCUUUAUUUAAUUGACCCUAAUGGUUUGGCAAUUCAACCACAUAACAUUGUCGUUGCGGGUGACAGCGCUGGUGGUGCUUUAGCAUUGCUUUAUUAUCUUCGUGACAAUCGAAUGCCAUUACCAGGUGGAGCGGUCUUAUUUUCACCGUGGGUAGAUUUGACGAUGUCAUGCGCAAGUUGGGAUCAAAAUAAACCUUAUGAUUAUUUAUUCAAACCAAAAGAUGAUGAUCCAUUACACCCUGUAAAUCUUUACUUGAAAUCUCAUGAGGAUCGUUCAAAACUGAUUACUUAUCCUUAUGUAUCUCCGUUAUUUGGUGAUUUACAUGACUUACCUCCGUUAUUAAUACAAUGUGGUGAUAGUGAAGUGUUGAGAGAUGAGAUUUAUUUGUUGGUUCAAAAAGCUUCUGAAGCUGGAACUACAUUCGUACAACAUGAAGUUUAUGAAGGUUCAUAUGGUCCAUGUGUUUCAAAUGUUCAACUUUUUAGAGCCGUCAAUAAAAGCAAUGGAUUCGGUUGGUUAUUUUGUAAGAAACGUUCUACCAAUCCAUCAACGAAACACCUUAAUAUCGCAUAA